GUGUGUGAGUGAGUGAGUGAGUGUGUGAGUGUAAAAAAGAAGGGCAGAUGUUGUCAGAUGUGUUUCUUUUCUCCCCCAAUGGGACUCAGAGAGAGAGAAUGAAAUAACGGGAUGGAGUCGGUGACGGCCCCGGAAUCCCACAGCAAAGCUGCUGCUGCCCUCGGGGGGAGAGCCCUAAUCCUCUGUGCUGUAUUAUACUGUACUUGUUACCUGGGACUUGCACAAGUACUCCCUGAAGAUGUGGACGUUCUCCAGAGGCUGGGCCUUACUGGGAAAAAAGCACAAACACUGUCAGCGCCACCUACGACAUCCCGCUCCUUACCUCGGGGGGUCAUUCCUUUUAAAUCGGGCGUCAUCCUCACUCAGAAGGCUCGCAUCAAAACUCCCGUUGCAGGACUCAUCCCCGCCUCAUACGGCACUAACCUCGCCUUUGUUCUGAGCCUGUGCUCGCACCGCAUCAACAAUGCUUUUUUAUUUUCCGUUCGGAGUAGGAAGAAAAGAUUGCAGCUUGGCGUACAGUUUAUACCAGGCAAGAUCAUUGUGUACGUGGGACACAAACAGUCUGUAUAUUUUGAUUAUGACGUACACGAUGGACAGUGGCACCACAUGGCCAUUGACAUCAGAAGCCGAAAGGUCACCCUGUAUACUUCUUGCGGGAAAAAUCGUACUAACGCGAACUUGCAUUUCAGAAAAGAAGAUUCUUUAGACCCAGAAGGUUCUUUUCUUUUGGGAAAGAUGAACCAAAACUCGGUUCAGUUUGAAGGAGCCAUCUGUCAGUUUGAUAUUUAUCCCUCUGCGAAGGCAGCUCAUAACUAUUGCAAAUACAUAAAAAAACAGUGCAGGCAGGCAGACAUCUAUCGGCUAAACCUUCUCCCACUGCUUCCUCUAUUACCACGUUUUCCCAAUUCCUCUGUGACUUCGCCUUCACCGCUGUUGUUGCAGGAGGCCACCCAAAAAGGUGACAGAUAUACAGAGAGAACUGCCAUGACGGGCACAGAGAGAUUACCAAACCUCACCAAUAAACAUUCAACUUACAAUACCACGACCUUGCCUUUUGUGCUAUUCAAACGUCACCAAGGCAUUGUUACUUCCCACUUUCAACCAGCAGCUCCAACAUUGCCUCCAAGCACUGAGUUUCUUGAAGCUCCUCUGAACGUCAAAUUCCCACCUCCAACACCUGCCACGAUGCUAUCCCGCACAAUUUCAGACUUGGUAAUGGAAAACACAACAAUGCAGAGGCAGGGAGAACUCAUCAACCAAAGACAUACUGAUAACCGGACAGAACAAGACAACACCAAAAAUAAAACCAAAGCAACUGUAAAAAUGAUAGCAACUCCAGCUUGGGCCAAAUCAGUCAGAAAGAAGCCAAAAUACCAAUCAACUGAGAGUCAACCUUGGACACAGAAGGCAAUUACUGUUGAAUAUGUAGAAGACCAACUGCGAAGGCAGGACAAACAGCCAGCAAAAAAGAAAAUUGAACUAAUACUAACGACUCCACACUACACUAGAGAUACCAAUACUCUUAUACCUGUAACACCUGCUGCCUCAGAUGAAUUCCAAACCUUUGGCAUGGAAAGCUAUACAAGUGAUCCACUGUUGAGGGGACCUCCAGGUUCAAAAGGAGACCGUGGACCAAUGGGCCCCCCUGGCUCUCCAGGCAACCCAGGCAUACCCGGUAAAAGAGGACCUCGGGGAGCUCCAGGACCUCAUGGAAACCCAGGCCGCCCGGGUUACCCUGGUAUUAAGGGACUGAAAGGCGAACCCGGCAUCUCUCCAGGCAAAGCAGCAAAUGGACUGAAGGGUGAUCGAGGCCAUCCUGGUGCUCUAGGACUUCCAGGGCUGUCGGGUCGAAAGGGACAAAAAGGAUAUCCUGGACCAAUCGGCCAUCCUGGAGAACCAGGUGAACGUGGAGUUGGUGGAAGCCGAGGUGCCAAAGGUUAUCCUGGCAGGCAGGGUUUACCAGGGCCAGUAGGGAAGCGUGGACCAAAAGGAUUUCGGGGCUUCAUAGGCCCACCGGGAAUACUGGGAGCUCCAGGAGCAGAUGGAGAACAAGGCAUACCAGGAGAACCAGGGAAGAGGGGCAAGAUGGGUAGGCCGGUAAAGGGGUUUCCGGGAGAUUUUGGGGAGAGGGGACCUCCAGGUGAAGAUGGAAGCCCGGGAGAAUUGGGAGCCCCAGGCCCAAACGGUGUUCCUGGGCUGGUUGGUGACAUGGGGCUUGUUGGGAAGAUGGGAAUGAAUGGAAUACGAGGACCGAAGGGCAUAAUGGGCAACCCAGGAGAACCAGGACUGAAAGGUGAUAAGGGUGACGAGGGCAUACCAGGAAUACCAGGAGAGCUGGGUUUUCCUGGCGAUAAGGGUAAUCCAGGAUUUCAGGGAAUGCCUGGAGUCAGAGGGAAACCCGGGAUCGCUGGAAAACUUGGUGAUAGAGGUCCUCAUGGAAUACCAGGAGCCCCCGGCUUUGAGGGUUUUCCAGGAGACAUUGGACCACCAGGGAAAAAUGGUCCAGAGGGUCCCAAAGGAAAACCAGGUGCCCGAGGUCUUCCUGGGCCCCGGGGUCUACCUGGGCAAACGGGGGACGAAGGCCGAAUGGGAUCGCCAGGAAAUCCAGGUCCUGAGGGACGUUCUGGGAGGAGAGGAUUUUCGGGCAGGCCAGGGCCUGAAGGCCCUAAGGGUGAACCUGGUGAUGUUGGAACUGUGGGAAGCAUCGGAGAGCAGGGGGCACUUGGAUUCAUCGGCCUGAGCGGAGAUGUUGGAAAAGUUGGGGAGAAGGGUGAUCGUGGUGAGACUGGUCCUCCGGGAUCUCCAGGAGUAAAAGGAGCAACGGGACACCCAGGAGUUCCAGGACAAUCAGGACCUCCAGGACCAAUCGGACCACCAGGUGCCCAAGGUGUUCCAGGAUCCCAAGGGAUGAGAGGAAUUAAAGGACGUCGGGGUGCAAGAGGCUCUGAUGGUCCUUCAGGAGAGCCAGGGUCAGUAGGUGUCAAGGGAUUUCUUGGGAAUCCAGGUCAGGCUGGACAAGAUGGACAACGGGGCAAAAGAGGGGAGUCGGGAGCAAAAGGAUCACGAGGAUUUCCAGGUAUUCCAGGACCUUCUGGCCCUCCGGGAAUAAAAGGGGUCCCAGGGGAACCAGGACCAAUUGGACCACAGGGAAUGAUUGGGCCUUUGGGGGAGCUUGGACCACAGGGACUUCCUGGUCCUUUAGGUGAACCUGGGCUCCCAGGUGAAACAGGCGAGAAGGGUGAAAUUGGACCAACUGGUGCUGCCGGUGAACAAGGUCUCAUGGGCCAAAGAGGAGAGACUGGGCUGGUGGGUGAUGACGGACCUUCUGGAAUUGAUGGACUCAAGGGAGACAAGGGAGAUGCAGGGCCAGAAGGAGAUCAAGGAGAGAAGGGGCUUGAAGGAUUGAAAGGAAAAGAAGGACCACCAGGAGGACCAGGGAUCUCAGGGGUUCGAGGACCUGAAGGAAAACCGGGGAAGCCUGGGGAAAGGGGAAAUCCUGGCAGAAAGGGUGCCAAAGGCCAUUUGGGAUAUCUGGGGGAGACAGGACCCACAGGAGAGCAAGGACCCGAGGGAACACAGGGGCCCAAGGGAUCUCGAGGAACCCGAGGACCGAUGGGUCCUCCUGGCCGAAUGGGAGCUCAGGGUGAAGUGGGACUAAUAGGGUAUCAGGGACAUAAAGGCCCACCAGGACCAAAGGGACCACUUGGCCCCAAAGGUGAAAAGGGUGAACAUGGAGAUGACGGGAUGGUGGAAGGUCCUUCUGGGCCACCUGGAGACAGAGGCGUUGUUGGAGUCCGAGGAGACAGAGGCGAUUCUGGGGACCCCGGUUAUUCCGGUCAGGAAGGUUUAGAUGGUGAGAGAGGGAAACCUGGCCAGCAAGGUUCACCAGGUAACCCUGGAUCGCCAGGACAGCUAGGGAUAAAAGGAUCCAAAGGUCAGGAGGGACAAAAAGGAAAACCAGGAUCACGAGGAGAUUCAGGAAAUCAUGGUACUCCGGGUGCUGUUGGGCCUCCAGGACCGAGGGGUGUCGUUGGCCGACAGGGACAGGAGGGAGCACCAGGUUUGGAUGGGAUUCCUGGCCAGAACGGCAAACCGGGAGUGCAGGGAGAGCAGGGAGAUGAUGGAAACAUAGGACUGACUGGUAUGCCUGGAGCCCGAGGCCGUGUUGGUUUGUCAGGAUUGCCUGGAUCUCAGGGAUCCCCUGGGCUUAAGGGAGAGAGAGGUUUGUUAGGUCAGGAAGGACCAUCAGGGAAAAAAGGAAUGGAAGGAGGGGCAGGUCUACCUGGGAACAGAGGAGAUCCAGGAUCUAAAGGUCAACCGGGAGACACUGGAGAAUCUGGCUUUCCCGGGCUGAUGGGAGUAUUUGGACCCAAGGGCUAUCAAGGCGAUAAAGGCUUCACUGGGAUACAGGGGCCAAAAGGGCCUCCGGGAUUAAUGGGCAAAGAAGGCAUUAAGGGUCCAAUUGGUAUGGUGGGUCCCACAGGACAUCCUGGUCUGAAAGGUUAUAAAGGAAAUCGAGGUGAAACGGGACUUCCAGGCCCAAGGGGGCCAAUGGGUCCCCGAGGACUCCCUGGACCACCGGGUCUCCCUGGAAUUCCUGUUCCAAUCAAACAUGAGGAUCUAAGUGCUGCUUUUCAAGCUUUUAUCGACACAAACACUGCACUCAGGACAGAGAACUAUCAGAAUUCAGACCUACCUUUGAUCGACCAGGGAGCAGAGAUCUUUAAGACUCUACACUACCUCAGUAAUCUUAUCCAGAGCAUUAAGAACCCCCUGGGCACAAGAGAUAAUCCUGCCCGUAUCUGUCGUGACCUCAUGAACUGUGAGCAGCGAAUGAAUGACGGCACUUACUGGAUUGACCCUAACCUCGGUUGUUCCUCUGACACCAUCGAGGUGACAUGUAACUUCACAAAAGGCGGGCAAACCUGUCUGAAACCUAUUACUGUGUCAAAGUUGGAGUUUUCAGUGGGACGGGUCCAGAUGAACUUCUUACAUUUACUGAGCUCUGAGGCGGUCCAACAUAUCAUCAUUCACUGUCUAAAUGUACCGGUAUGGACAGACAGACAAUCAGACAAACCGUUCAAACAGGCCGUCAUGUUCAAAUCGUGGAAUGGCCAGAUGCUGAAACCAGGAGGACAGUUUCUACCAGAAGUACUCCUGGACAACUGCUGGGUACAGGAUGGUCGAUGGCAUCAGACACACUUCUUUUUCCACACCCAGGAACCCAAUCAACUGCCAAUCAUAGGUGUUUAUAAUUUACCGCAACGAAAGCCUGGAAUACACUACCAUCUAGAGGUUGGACCUGUUUGCUUUCUCUGAGCUAUUGACUGAACCAUCAAGUCAAGAGCAAAGUUAUUCUUUAUUGUGUAUUUAAUAAAACUCAAGGAAUCGCUGACAUGAUCGAAAAAUGUCACAUUGCUGGUAAAAGGUUAUCAAUAGUUUUUUUUUAAAAAAAAUGUUGAGAACUUGUUUUGUUGGAGCUUUUAACUGAAAGCACCUGAAUCGAAGUCCUCCACCUAUAAACCAAAGAGUGUUGAGAGAAAUGAGAACGCCUAUAAUUGAGUUGCAGAAAAUUCAUCGAAACAAUCGCCUGAAAUGCUAUUCAUUGAAAGGUUUCACAAAACCGACAGCCACUACUGAGAAAGAGUGGUGCGCGCGUACGAAAUAGAAGGAGCUGGUGGUUUGCUUGGGUCUGCUAAGCAUUUCCAAUGUGCAAUAAGAGGGAGAGAAAGGGGAAUUUACAAGAGAUGUCAAAAUUGUCUAAACCCAAAACAUUAAUAUUAAUGACUCGAGUGGUUCUAGCGUUGUUUCGAGCCACCGAUUUUAUCAGAAUUAAUUGAGAUCGUGUGCAGGGUACGAAACAGAAAAGGUGCAUUAGGAACCCAGCAAUAUAAUACGGUGCUAAUCGCAUGAGCUUCCUGGGGUGAUUUUCUACCUCCUGUUGUCUGGUACUGGUGCUCACAUCCUCAUGUUUGUUUUCAAUUCACAUGCAAUUUUCAAAUCCAUGGUGCUAUGUAAAUUACCACAGAGCAGAAAGAACGCUUGUGAAAGAGAUCUCAAUUUUUUUUUUUUUUACAAGCAAAAUAGCCCCUCUCUCUCUUCAGGCAGUCUGAGAAACAACAUUAUUUGUUAACUUAAUUUUUUUGAAAAGUGCCUUUAAAUAUUGUAAGGGAUUUUUUUUAUAUUGUAUUUCAAAGAGUGAAAACAGCAGGUUUUAAAUCCUAUUGUUAAAUCACUGAUGGAUCAUUUUUUUAAAAAAAAUUGGGGAAAAUGAUAGGUGAACUAUUUUGUGGAAUGACAGUAAAUCAUAUUGUCUUUUCUUACUAUGAACACUGCUUUGUAUUUGUACAAAGUUGACCCUGAAAGCUGUAAUUAAUAUUUAGGGAAGCUUUAUUAUAAAAAAAGGGGAAAGAAAGUCAAAAAAAAAACAUUUUUUUUUUCCUGAUAUAAUAGUAGGCUUUCCAACUGCUCCAUAAAUGUGUGUAAAAUGUUUCCGCAAGCUAUGAUGUAUACAGUGGAUCAAUAUUUUCCAAUCUGCUAUUUAAUGUUAUUUAAAUGUUUUAAAACCAUGGUUUAAAAAAAAAAUCGCCUUACCCUUUCACACAGAUGUCUAUGUUUUGAAGUAGAUCAGUCUUUUGUAGUUGUAAACUUGUCACUUCAGCAACCAACUGGUCUUGGAGAGCUAUGUAGAGUUCUUGUUUGGCUUGUCUAAUGUGUAAAUUUGGUGCUUGGAAGAAAAGAAUAUUUCAGUGUCUCAAAUCUAUAAGAUAUUAUUGCAGAGUUUUAAACGUGUACUGUAUAGGAAAAUGCUUUAAGCGCUUCUUUUUAAAAAAAAAACCUGGAGAUUUUUUUUUUGUGUGUUUUUAAAAUUGUGAAGAAAAUAUGUGAAGAAUCUAGAUUCUAAAUACAUUAUUAAAUUUAUUUCACUUUUUGAAAUCGGUUACAGUUAAACGUCAGCCAUCAGAAUACCUCAGAUUGCAUUUUGGUACCAUUCCGAACACACUUCCAUUUUGAUUUUGUUUAGGUUUUAUUUGUUGUUUGGGUAUUUUUUUUUCCUAUUCCAUUCGCUUCUCUUUGUUUGUCUGUUGCUAUAGAAACAGAGUUACCAUAAAAUGGUCAUCUGCAGACGUCAUUAUCAUUAUCGCCUUAGUCGCAGAAGUUUGAACGUUCUGUACAACAGUUCAGUAUUUAGCUGUGAAGUACUUUAUUCAGCAUUUGCUAGUCUCUUUGGGGCUUAGACUUCCAUUGUUUGAAAUUAAAGUUUUUGGAACUUAUCGAAAUAAACAUUUCAAACUGAA